AUGUCACGAAUUGCCCUGGUGAGACAUUAUUUGGCGCAUAUAUGCAUUCGUCAGUUCACCAUAUAUGCAGGAUACACACUGCAGGACCUCAAGCAGUCCGACACCGGACUCACCGCGCAACUCAACCUUGCUGGGGAAGCAUGCAACGCGUUCGGGAACGACAUCCGAAACCUGACCAUACAGGUCACCUAUAAGACCGAACAGAGGUUGCACGUCAACAUCUUCGACACUGCGCAGCAACAAUACACCAUCCCCUCGUCGGUCGUCCCCGUCCCUAAUCCACCCCCGACGUCGUACACGAAUAGUUCCGACCUAGUCUUCAACUAUGACGCGACGCCAUUCGCUUUCUGGAUCACGCGUCGCUCGGACUCGGCAGACGCGAUGCCCCUAUUUGACACGCGUACGGCCUUUGAGGUUGUGUUUGAGGAUCAGUAUCUCCAGCUGGCUUCAGCUCUGCCGAAAGACACGAACAUCUAUGGCCUCGGCGAGGUUGUCGCGAGCAGCGGUUUCCGACGCGACGUCGGUGGGAAUGGCGGAUCUGGCACCAUCCAAACGCUGUGGGCACGCGACUCCCCAACCCCGGUGGACCAGAAUAUAUACGGUUCGCACCCGAUCUACAUGGAGCACCGGUACGACGAGAGCAACAACUCGUCCGCGACGCACGGCGUCCUCCUCUUCUCUUCGAACGGAGCCGACAUUCUGCUGACCACCCCUCCCAAGUCUAACGUCUCGCUGAUCGAAUACCGCCUCCUCGGUGGCACGCUUGACUUCUACUUCUUUUCUGGUCCAUCGCCCGUAUCGGUAAUCGAACAAUAUGGCAAGAUGAUCGGAUGCCCGGCGUGGGUGCCCGCAUGGGGCUUUGGGUACCAUCUGUGCAAGGAUGGAUACGGCAGCGUUCAGGCGCUGAGGGACAACGUGGCGGCAAUGCGAAAUGCGAAUAUUCCUCUCGAGACCCAGUGGAGCGACAGCGAUUUGUACGACAACCAACGAGACUUCACGAUCGACCCGAUCGGCCACCCUGCCGACCAGAUGAAGGCGUUCAUUGAUGAGCUGCACGCCAACGGCCAGCACUUCAUCCCGAUUGUGGAUACUGCAAUCGCGACACCGCAAAAUGUGACUGAUAUCGUGAGUCCAAUGCUUACUAAAGAGAUGCGCGUUCAACUGACUCUAGCGGAGGUUUGGAUAAAGAACCCGAACGGCACCAUCUUUGUCGGUAAAGUGUGGCCUGGCUUUACAGCAUAUCCAGACUGGUUCGCUCCCAACACACACGACUGGUGGAUGCAGGCUCUGAAGAACUGGAGCGACCUCGGGAUCGAGUACGACGGGCUCUGGUUGGACAUGAACGAGCCGAGCUCGCUGUGUGCCGGCUCGUGCGGCUCGGCCAACUUCAGCCAGUCUGGUUUCCCGGGUGCGAAGCGCGCGCUAGGGAAUGAGACGGGCUUGAACGUCAUGAGUCCUCCGUAUGCGAUACACAACGGUCAUGGACCGUUGGACAAUCAAACGGUCUCGCCUGACACGAUGCACUCGGGCGGGUACAGCCACUAUGACACGCAUAACAUGUUUGGGCUGAUGGAGGAAAUCACGACACAUCGGGCGCUCCAGACGCUACGGGCUGGCAAACGUGCGUUUACUAUUGCAAGGUCGACGUUCCUCUCGGCAGGGAAGUGGACUGGCCACUGGCUGGGCGAUAACUACAGCACGUUCCAGUCGAUGUAUUACAGCAUCCAAGGCAUCUUGCAGUUCCAGCUAUAUCAGAUCCCAAUGGUUGGUUCGGAUACAUGCGGUUUCCUUGGAAACGCGACUGAAGAGCUGUGCAACAGAUGGCAGAUGCUUUCUGCAUUCGCACCCUUCUACAGGAAUCAUAAUGGCUCGCCGACCCGGCAUGAACCGUAUCAAUGGGCUAGCGUUGCAAACGCAACUCGCAUUGCGAUCGCUGCACGGUAUGCACUGUUGCCGUACUGGCAAACUCUCUUCGCGAAUGCGUCGACUCAAGGUUCUCCCACCGUGCGUGCGCUGUGGUACGAAUUCCCGAACGAGCUAGGGCUCUUCGGCAUCGACCGCCAGUUCCUCAUCGGAAGCGACAUUCUGGUCACACCCGUAUUGGAAGAGGGCGCCACGACAGUCGAUGGCAUCUUCCCCGGCCGCGGGAGCGUCACUUGGCGCGACUGGUGGACGCACACUGCCGUGAACUCGAGCACUUCGGGUGGGAACACGACGCUGCAGUCGCCGUUGAGCACCAUCAACGUGCACAUCAGGGACGGCUCUGCGCUCCUCCUGCAUGCUAAACCUGGAUACACGAUCAACGAGACGCGCAGCGGACCGUAUGGGCUGCUUGUUUCGCUAAAUAAAGGCGGGAAUGCGUUCGGGACGGCGUACGUCGACGAUGGGGAGAGUGAUCCACCAGGCGACAGUCGCAUCUUGAGCUUCGUUGCUCAAGGUGGGGCGUUGACUAUCUCGAGCCAGGGGAGCUACGACAUCGAGCAAAAACUCGAGAGCGUGACGGUUUUAGGCGUGCAGAAGCCGAGCAGUGUGAGCGUUGGCGGGCAAGCGGUGGCCAACUUCACGUACUUGGAUGCGACACAGGAGUUGGUCGUUGGGAGUGUGACGAUGGAUUUGAACAAGGGGACGACCAUAACAUGGCAGUGA